AAGACACAAAUGGAGGCCAGAUUGACUGCUAGUGAAAGUAAAGCAGAGACCAUGGAGACCAGAUUGAGAGCCAGUGAGAAGACAGUCGAGGAGCAGAGAGCUGUAAUUAAGGAGCUAAAGGAGAAACAGGAGGAGCAGGCAGCAGCUGUGAGAGCUGUAGGAGGAAAUGUGAACAUCACGGGGAGUCAGGUGGAGGAGCUGAGGAGGGAGAGAGAGCAGAGGAGGGUUUCUUUUUCUGCCUCACUAGGAGAUGGGACCUUUGGACCCUUUAAAGACGCAACCCCCCUGGUCUUCAAACAUCCAUUCAUCAACAUUGGAAGUGCUUAUAACCCAAACACAGGAGUGUUCACAGCCCCAGUCAGAGGGGUGUACCACUUUGUCUUUUUCAUCUUUGGGAAUGGUCAUGCAAGCACCCCUACCGGGGUAUCACUCUAUAAAAACGCCCAACACAUAGUUCUUGCCUACGCUGAGCAGACGGCUAAGUAUGUGAAGCCCUCCAAUGGGGCCUCUCUGCUGCUGGAGGUGGGGGACGUGGUCUACCUGAAGCUGUGGCCCAACGGCUGGGCCAGGGACAACGACAACCACCACACCACCUUCUCUGGACACCUGCUCUUCCCUGUGUGAUGUUAGAAGAGACUCAAGGCUUCCAACACAAAGACCACUCAGUACCUUGGUUUACAGUACAUUAACUGCCUUUUUUGUUUUUCUGUUGUGCCAUCUGUUCACACGGGGUAGCUUCUGUUCACACGGGGUAGCUUCUGUUCACACGGGGUAACUUCUGUUCACACGGGGUAACUUCUGUUCACACGGGGUAACUUCUGUUUACACGGGGUAGCUUCUGUUCCCAUCAGGUGCUCUCCAGCGCUCUGGAAUCUUGGAUGAUUAUAAAAUCACACGCUGUUAAAAUAAAGACACGUGGUGCCAGUUUGGCCGUGUAUUAUGCUGCACUAACUGGGAACACACACACACACACACACACACACACACAAAUACACUCAUACAUACUCACUCGAACAUUGACACACAGCAUGCACACAAACAAAUUCUCUCCAUCUUUCACAACUCAUCUUUAUUUUAACUAGGAUAAUUGUACUGUAUGAAUAGAUGACUUUACAAUGUGUUGCUUUACAAUAUUUAACACAGUUUAUAAAAAUAAGUAGCCAAGGCUGCAGACAAAUAGGUCUACACUAAACAGCAAACAUUUUCAGUAAAUCACGUUUAUAUAUUAACAUUCCUUAAUACUGUAAUAUUAAUAUCAUCUCAUGCCUCUCCCGAUAGUGUGAUCUACUACAGUACUUGCGCUGACUGUGAGCCUAAAUAAAGUUCAUGUUCACGGUGUAGCCUAAUGUGACAUUUAUUCCAAUUAAUGCAAAAUAUUUUAUGUUGACUUCUGCUGACAUUGACACCCACGAAUGUGCAAGGAGAUAUUGUUUUUUGUGAACCAAAUAUAAGUGCCUAUAAUGAGAACCUUUUCCCAAAAUUUCCAAAACGAACACCAUUUAAGCAUCGCUGCGCUUAUCUUACAUCUUUUCUCCCACAGAUUACUAGACUGCAAGGUAUUCUGUAUCAACCAGAAACCCAGCUGAUACUAGAUAAUCUGUUUCAGUAGGCUAAGUAUUAAUACUUUGCACCUCAUGGUGUGCUUUAUAUGAUGAGCCCAAACACAUGGCAAAACAUAGGAUAUGGUUUUUAAGUUAUUUUAAUACAGAACCAGUCGAUAGGCCCUUAAUUCAUUCACAUACUGUAGGUACAGUACACUUGUGUCUGCCAACUUUGACUUCCUUUUCCAGAUUGAUGUGACGUCUCCAUCAUUUCAAAGAUAGCCAAUAAAAUGAUCAGUAUCAUUUUUUUUGCAUUGACCUUUUAUGGGAUGUUGUGGGACAACAUUGGGAGGACUAUAGCACUCGUGCACGCAUGCACAAUUCAAC